GGUACCUACUACAACGCUAAUUGGACUCUACAAGUACAUACCAGGUACCUAAUAUAGGUAGCUGCAGAUAGGCAGGUCAGCGCAUUUCUUGCAGGCAACAAGUCCACUAUGUAACGCGCUAGACUGGACAUUCAACUCGCGUGCCUUUCAACUUUUAGAUCCAGGCCAAAUCUCGGAAAAUCCCAGAGUUAGGCAUCUGAUUCAACCUCCUUACAAAGACCACGUCUCUCUCCCGGGCGCCGAAACUGCACAGACACCAAUCACAAGGCCACGUAUAUAUUGACCGCAUCAUUUCGACAUCAGGAAUUGGCCAAUAGCUUCCCGGCGCAUCGCUUGCUACUCGUGUCAGACGGCUACGCUUGAGCUCACCACCGAUCCCGCUUAUUCUUUGACAUCGCAAUCGCAAAUCCUUCCCACCCUUCCACAGCCGAUCACUCUGCUCGUGAGCCUGGAGACAAAGCAGCCGCCAUGUCGCGCCCUGCAACAGAACAAUUUCAUCAGACUUCGCGCGCCAAAGCGGUAGCGGCCGGUAACGAAGAGGCAUCGACAACGAUAAACCUGGGAGAGUUCCAAGAUGUCGACACAUUAACGCUGUCAGAAGCUGCGCUGGUCAUCAAUGCGCUGGUAGCGAAGCGACGGAAUGACCGCAAGAAUAUCAAUGAGACCGAGAUGUUGACAAAGACCGUUGACUACUUAGACGCUUUUUCACGCUUCAAGAAAAAGGAGAAUGUUGAAGCUGUUGAGCGGCUAUUAAGCUCUCAUAAGGAGUUCCACAAAUUUGAACGUGCGCAACUUGGCUCUCUUUGCUGCGAAACCGCCGAAGAAGCCAAGACGUUAAUCCCAUCACUCACCGACAAGAUCACUGAUGAGGAUCUGCAAGAGCUGCUUGAUGAGGUGAACAAGCUGAUGCCGAAUUGAGCUGAAUACAAGAUUGGCUGGUUUGUGAUCUUCACUCUGUUGGUGAUGUCGAUCAUAAAUGAUGCCAGACAAGAACAUCUAAACCGUCCACGCGUAUAUGAUAUUGCUCACCCCAAGCAACAAAGCACCGCCCGAUUUUACCCCUUAU